CAGCAGUGACCCAGAAAUGAGUUUGAUUCACAGAGUCCUUCCUCCAUAACAAGUAAAAACGUCAGUCAGAGUGAGUCUCUCUCUCACUCGCUCUCCCUCUCGCUCGCUCGCUCGCUCUCUCUAUGUGUGUGUGUCUGUGUGUGUGAAGGGAGCCACAAUCUGCUCCCACUCUCCAGUGCUUGUCUGAACUCAUGAGGCAGCACAGACCCCUUCGCGCAGAGAAACUCCAGCCUCACUGGCAACCAUCACAGCAGCAACAGCAGCAGACUGCCUGCUGUCACCCAGGAAGAUCAUGAAACGAGGUCGACUUCCCAGCAGCAGUGAGGAUUCUGAGGACAAUGGCAGCUUGUCAACCUGGUCCCAGCAUUCUAGGUCUCAGCACCGGAGGAGUUCAUGCUCUAAGCAUGAGGAUCGAAAACCAUCAGAGCUGGCACCCAGCAACCUUUCUUCUGGCCAGGAGAUCAGGGAGCUCAGCUGCUGCCACAGUCCCUGCCAGCAUCAAGUGUUCAGAACAGACUUGAUCACUGCCAUGAAGCUGCCUGAUUCUUACCAGCUGAACCCCGAUGAAUACUAUGUGCUGGCAGAUCCCUGGAGACAGGAAUGGGAGAAGGGAGUUCAGGUGCCAGUGAGUCCAGGGACGAUCCCAGAGCCAGUAGCCAGGAUUGUGUCUGAGACGAAAGCAGUCGUAUUUACGAGACCUCGGAAGUACAUCCUUUCUUCGGGUUCUGAGCCCCCUGAGCUCGGGUAUGUUGACAUUCGAACUUUGGCGGAGAGCGUAUGUCGCUAUGACCUUAAUUAUAUGGAUGUGGCAUGGUUGGAACUGGCCAAUGAAGAAUUCAGAGAAAUGGGGAUGCCUGAACUAGAUGAAUACACCAUGGAGAGAAUCAUGGAAGAAUUUGAACAGCGAUGCUAUGACAACAUGAAUCAUGCUAUUGAGACUGAGGAAGGGCUUGGAAUUGAGUAUGAUGAGGAUGUUGUCUGCGACGUUUGCCAGUCUCCAGAUGGUGAAGAUGGCAAUGAGAUGGUGUUCUGUGACAAAUGCAAUAUUUGCGUUCAUCAGGCGUGCUACGGCAUCCUCAAAGUUCCAGAAGGCAGCUGGCUGUGCCGGACCUGUGCUCUAGGUGUUCAGCCAAAGUGUUUGCUGUGUCCCAAGAAAGGUGGAGCCAUGAAGCCAACUCGUAGUGGGACUAAGUGGGUCCACGUCAGCUGUGCCCUCUGGAUUCCAGAGGUGAGCAUUGGCAGCCCAGAAAAGAUGGAACCAAUCACAAAGGUCUCUCAUAUUCCCAGCAGCAGAUGGGCCCUGGUAUGCAGCCUUUGCAAUGAGAAGGUUGGGGCAUCCAUACAGUGUUCAGUGAAAAAUUGCCGUACAGCCUUCCAUGUCACUUGUGCAUUUGACCGUGGCUUGGAGAUGAAGACUAUUCUGGCUGACAACGAUGAAGUCAAGUUCAAAUCCUAUUGCCCAAAGCACAGUUCCACGAAGAAGCCUGAUGAAGAAAAUAGUGAAUUCACCAGCCAGGAGACUGAGAAUGGGGCACAGGACAGUUCCUCUCCUGCUCACACAGAGCCCUUUGACAGCAUGGAUCAAAACCAUGAGGAGGCUCACAGGGUCAGUGUUCGCAAGCAGAAGCUUCAACAACUGGAGGAUGAAUUUUACGCCUUUGUCAACGCUUCGGAAGUGGCCAAGGCCCUGCAGCUUCCAGAGGACUUGGUAGAAUUCUUGUAUCAGUACUGGAAGCUAAAGAGGAAAUCGAACUUCAACAAACCUUUGAUCACCCCAAAGAAAGAUGAAGAGGACAAUCUAGCCAAACGGGAGCAGGACGUUCUGUUCAGGCGACUACAGCUUUUCACCCACCUCCGGCAGGAUUUGGAGAGGGUCCGAAACCUCACGUAUAUGGUGACCCGACGGGAAAAAAUUAAAAGAUCUGUUUGUAAAGUCCAAGAGCAGAUAUUCAAUCUCUACACAAAUCUUGUAGAGCAUGAAAGAGUUUCAGGCAUGCCUUCCUCUUUCUCUUCUAUGGAAAAUAUGGUCCUCUUCAACAGUUCACCACUGGACCCAGAUGCACCUAAGAUAGAGGAUUUGAAAUGGCAUUCAGCUUUCUUCAGAAAGCAAAUGGGCAUGUCUUUGAGUCACUCUUUGAAAAAAACACAGAAAAGAGAACGACUGAGGAUUGACUCUGGGCAUGAUGACAAACGUUUACUUAAGCAGCCCAGUCAAAGGGAAGGUCUUGCAACUCCCGGUAGCUUUUUUAGCUUUGAAAAGUCCUUUGCAGAAGCACAAAUUGGAUCAGCACAACAGAAGAAUGGGGUUGUUACAGCAGACCACAGGAAGAGAAGAGACAAUCAUUCCCAUUGUGAUGUGAUGAAAGUAGAACUGAAGGAGAAACCUCCCAAACACAACCACAAACCCCUGAGAUCCAGUGAACUCUCUCAGAGGCAAUUCGAGAACAAAAGGGCCAUGAACCACCCAAGUGGCAGGUCAGCGCCUGGAACCCGGAGGGAAAUGGUGCCUAAAUGCAAUGGCUCCUUUUUCAAAAUGAACUAUAGCCCAGCUCCAGUUAAAGUGCCUACGACACCCAGAAGCCCUGUGAAAAACUGGGGAGGAUUCCGAAUUCCAAAGAAAGGGGAAAGACAGCAGCAGGGAGAGGGGCAGGGAGAGGGGCAGGAAGAGGCGUGCCGCCAAAACUCGAACUAUUCUUACUCGGGCUUGGGUCGAAUUUCCCCUAAAGACAGAGUGAAAAGCAACCUAAAGGUAGACAGCGAGAAUGACGGGUAUGCCCCUGAUGCGGAGAUGAGUGAUUCAGAAACAGAAAUGGCUGACAAGAAAUGCAGGCAGCAAAGGCUCAGUUCAAAUAGCACUAUUUCUAGAAGGACAGAAAUUAUUAGGAGAAGCAUCCUUGCUUCCUGACUGGAGAGUGACACACAGUAGCAGCACUGGAGUCAGUGAAUCCCCAGCUUGGAAAAAAAAUCCACUCUGCAUUAUUUAUUGGUGUGACAAGGAGGAGGGUCUUUAGACAUGGCUACAAGAUCAACCAACAAUUUACUUGUUUUCCUUGGGCUGUAGAAUUAUGUGCACUUGACUAAGAGUUUGCCCUUUGCCUAUCCUCAUGUCUGUGAGGUUUCAAGCUUCUUUAUCUGCAGCUGCCCUGAAGAAAUCAUCUGAGAAAUUGACCUUAUUGCUCCAAUUGAUCAAUAGGCUGAACACUAAUUAAUAAAAAGAAAAAUCAAAUACUCAGUGGGGUAGAUUUUGAGUGGGGAGACCCUGGUUUAGGCAGAUAGCACUGAGGAGCUUCCUCUGUCCCUGAAAAGCACAAGGUGUUAAUACACAAGAGGAUAAAGAAAUAUGGUGGUAAUAACCACCUGCACUGCUUAACCCAUUCUAAAUUGUCACUUUCAUCAGGCUGCACUAAGACGAAGUCCUAGUAGUCUGCAACUUUGUUUUGUUGUUUUAAAAUUCAGGGGGUUUUGGCAGUUCAAACCUAUUAUAACCCCAGAAGAGUUGUCAUGCCAAGUCUAUCAAGCAGGUAAGAAUUUAUGAUGACUACUAGAAACCUGAAGGGGUAGAACCAAGCUGCCCGAUAGUUCAAAAAAAAAAAAAAAAUGACAACCAACCAGGAACAGCAGCACAUAGUGCUAUUCUGAAGGGAGCCUAAGGAGUGGAUGAAAAUGACUCAGCUCCACAAAUUUGGAGGGCAUCUAUGUCUUAAAGUACUUUGUAUUGUUCUGAGGAGGUAGGUAGGUUUGUAGCCUGCUUUAGCUGGCACCUGCCAAUCCAAAAUACGAUGACAAUUCAAGUGGGAAAGACUGAGCAUGUCUACACUGCAGAUAUGAAUCAUUUUUCUAGCAUGGCUCAUUACCUUUCUCCUCUCCCUCUUGGAAACUGUAACGGGUGAGACUACAGUUGCCAGGGGCCCUUGGGAGAAGCCAUGACAAGUAAAACAGGUUGAAAUUUGCCAUGAAGAUAUGCUGACAUUUCUAAAGGCACUGGUCAGCAGCCUUUUCCAAUGUGCACUAAAGGUAUGUGUUGGGAUAUGCAAGUUUCCUACACGCAAGGGUUACUUUAAAUACAAAAAGAAGGAUGUAAUAAAUAUAUAUGUAUAUUUUUUGAAUAAAAUGGAAAGGCAAUAAGAUGUGAGUAGUGCUUUACAUUUAAGCCAAUUUAACAACAUGAUUCCAUGAUAUGGAUUAGAUUUGACCAAGAAGGAGCUUGUGUUCUGGUUACAUCAUCAAAAAAUUGCAAUAACUAGAAAGAGUAAGCCAUCAGCAAUAAUAAGAUGAACAGAUCACUAAGAGUCUAUUUUCUGCACCCAUGAGAGUGCAUUUGUAGGAUACAUAGGUAGUUUUAGGCUGCUGUAAUUUCUGGGACUCAACUCGGAUAUAAAAUUAGACAUAUAGCCUAGUUAAAAAGUUUAAGCAGCAGUAGUUGUAUUGUUUUUUAUGGACAACCCUCCUCCCAAUCCAUCAACAUAAAUAUGCAGUCACUUACUGUAUAUUCUCACUGUAGGUUUGUCUUUAAUGAGGUGGGUUUAUAACACUAUGAAAGCAAUGUUGAAACCUUGCAAUCUGACUCAAGUCUUCCAGGGGUUUCAGCUGAGAACUGGAUUGUUGCUGUUACAUCUUGCUAUGCAAGUCCCUGCAUGAUCAGUACUAACUAUAUUUGGGGAGGUUUACACAUACUUUUCUUACAUGCAAACAGACAUAAUCUGUUGGACAGUGGAAAAAGGUAAUGUGUGAACUCAUGAAACGUAGAUAUAAUUAGCAGCAAUUCCCAUGAUCAUGUAAUCUGGGAACUAGCCCUCAAAAUUCAUCUCCACUUGCUCCAUAUUUUGGAAAUGAGCUGUGGGCUCACAAAGUCUCUGUUCUUUUACUCCUUUCAGUUUCUGGGUUAGCACUAACCACUCUAUCUUAUGGUUAGUGAUUUGCUUUUCAAACAAAACCAGAAACUAUACUUCAAAGUAGGAUUUUGAUUGUUGUUUGGAGGGCAAAUGCUAGAGUUUGAAGAGUCAGAUACUACAGCUAACAACGAUUAGUGCUAAACAGAAAACUGAACGUGGGCCUGAAUGAAGAGUGCAACUCUGUUGCCUGUUGAUGAAUCCUCAGAUUGCUGGAGGAUUAUCAAAAUUGAGCCUUAAUGUGUAUGUAAUCGCCCUAGUCCUGUAGCUACUCUUUACAUGCUGGGAUUGUGGCGCUUAGGCAGAGCUCUGUGUGGGCAGGGAUAUUCUACAAAACAGAAGUGAAUGGAAAAGUCUCUCCUGCACAUCUCUGUGUCCAAUGUAGUCCAUGCAGAUGAUAGCCUUUGGGUCAGGACAAAUAGGAUUAACAAGCAGGUUAAGACUUUUGGGCCUCAGUUCUAAAGAUUUUAGGCCACAACUGGAAACUGAAAUGAGUUAGUUCUAAAAGGCAUUAUUGCAUCUGAUUAAUUAACUACUUGUAUUUUGCAGGUAUGUUGACCGGGUUUGCUUCUUUAAAAAGCAGACAAAGUUCAUGUUAAAUAAUAGGAAAAGAGGGAUUUGAUGAAUAUACUUUUAAAUACAGUAAGUUUUUCAGGUGAGGGUUGAGAGAGUUAGCCUGCCCUUUAGGGUGUUGUUCAUCAAGCCAUAGAAGGAAUAAACUGAGGGUUUUGAUUCUGAGAAAAUAUUCAAUGUUUCGACCAAGUUUGAAAGAGGUAUCAGAUAACAUUUGCACUAUUAGGAAUGCUAGCAUUUGUGCAGAAGAAUGCCUUACCUGUUUUGCUCCCCACCAUGUUUAGGUUAAUAAGCUUUCUGAUAUUUUGAAUAAUGCUGAACCAAAAAUUUAAAAAAGGAAAGAGAAAAAAAUAAAUAAUGCUUUCCCCCAUAGACUAACUGCAGAAGGAGGGGAAAAUAUCAGUAUGACCAGCUGUAUAAGUUUCAUACCAUACUUAAUAUUUAAUAAGUGAAGAAUCAUAAAAGCAGUAAUCUUUACCUACCACUGCAUUCAUUUUGUUGAUAUGGAAACAGUUGAGAUUUCUGGUUAACCUUCACCUUUUCCUUAUGCAGACUGCCCAAGAAAUCCCUUUGAUUAUAAUUGGUGUACUACAUUGAAAUGUAGGCUAAUAAACCCUUUUGUAAUAUUGACUGGAAUGCUCUCUGUUAGGUACUGGAUGCAUACACAUAACACCAGUCUAAUGAACGAAAGGUUAUACAUGUCUCAUAUGUACAAAUCUUUAUUAUUUUAAAAAAGAAAAAAAGCCUGUCAUUACAUUUGUAAAACCUUGUACAGAGGAUUUUUCACUAUGUGCCUAGCUUUGGUGUCCAUUUUGCUCAAAUUUGAGAACAGGUGCAUGACAAAACAGAUAGAAUCAGAAAUAAAGUAUAUGUAGAGAUGACUAUUUUAUAUUACAUGGCCCAAUCCUGUAUUUAUUUUCCUCCCCUUUUUGAAGUAUUUAUAAAGACCUAGUUGAAGAUGGCUGUAUUUUUUGUUAAAAUAUUUAGUAGAAUUGUGCCUUUGUCUGUAUGUGAAUAAAUGCUGUACAUUUUGCAAUACA